AUCACAGAGCGGAUUACAACCGGACAGGACACAGCCCACCAACAGACAAGAAGACUACUUUUUUUUGUUAACCGUCUCUGAUCUUCAUCAUCCGUCCUUCACUUCUCCAAGAGAGCUCAGCCUUCUGCUGCAAUGGCUUACUCUUGCAGUGCAUCUGCCCAAACUCUGUUGAAGCUCAAGCCUUCUAGCUCGAGCCCUAAUCCCCAGUUCCCUGCUUUCCUCAAACCCACCAAGCACCAGCCUUUCAUCUCCUCCACAACUGCCCAUGUUGACCCAUCUCAUCCCUUGACCGAUAGGAGCCAUUUCAGAGCCAAAAAUCCAAUCUUUACCCUUCUCCCUGGUCCAAGAACUCAGUUCUCUGUUGCUGCACAGAGGGAGUACGGCUCAGUAGGAGGGGAGGACGAGUCAGUUUCGCCCAAUUCGGCCAGUCAAGAGGAAUUCUCCUGGUCAUCUGUUAUCCUCCCGUUCUUGUUUCCAGCACUGGGAGGGUUGUUAUUUGGUUAUGACAUUGGCGCAACCUCGGGGGCAACCAUUUCAUUACAGUCUCCUGAGCUCAGCGGCAUUACUUGGUACGACCUUUCAGCUAUUCAGCUUGGUCUUGUGGUUAGCGGUUCUCUAUAUGGAGCUCUUUUGGGUUCCCUUCUCGUCUACCCGAUAGCGGAUUUUCUUGGGAGGAGGCGGGAGCUCAUUAUUGCCUCAGUUCUCUAUGCAACUGGUGGUCUGCUCACAGCAUUUGCCCCAGGUCUGAGUGUUCUCUUGAUAGGAAGACUAUUGUAUGGACUCGGUAUUGGCCUGGCCAUGCAUGGGGCUCCUCUCUAUAUUGCGGAAACUUGCCCGUCUCAGAUUCGGGGGACUCUUAUAUCAUUGAAGGAACUAUUCAUAGUUCUUGGAAUUCUGUUGGGGUAUUUUGUGGGGAGUUUUUCAAUCGAUAUGGUUGGAGGUUGGCGAUACAUGUAUGGGAUCAGCAACCCAGUCGCCUUGCUGAUGGGCCUGGGGAUGUGGAGCCUUUCACCAUCUCCUCGGUGGCUACUUCUUAGGGCAGUUCAGGGAAAAGUGCCCUUGCAAGUGUACAAGGAGAAGGCCAUCUUUGCCCUGAGCAAGCUAAGAGGCCGACCUGCUGGUGACAGAGUUUCUGAGAAGCAGAUAGAGGACACCCUUGUCUCGUUAAAAUCUGCAUAUGCUGAGGAGGAAUCAGAGGGAAGUUUCUUGGAAGUUUUCCAGGGGCCGAGUUUAAAGGCCUUCGUGAUUGGUGGAGGCUUAGUACUUUUUCAGCAGAUAACUGGCCAACCGAGUGUUCUAUAUUAUGCGGGCCCGAUUCUUCAGAGUGCAGGAUUCUCUGCUGCUGCCGAUGCCACCCGACUUUCUGUUGUAAUUGGCCUUUUCAAGUUGCUGAUGACUUGGAUAGCAGUUCUAAAGGUUGAUGAUCUUGGGAGAAGACCUUUGCUAAUUGGAGGAGUUGGUGGUAUUGCUGCUUCAUUACUUCUGCUUUCUGCAUAUUACAAGUUUCUCGGAGGAUUCCCCCUUGUCGCUGUUGCUGCAUUGCUCCUAUAUGUUGGCUGCUAUCAGAUAUCGUUUGGGCCAAUAAGCUGGCUCAUGGUGUCGGAAAUAUUUCCUUUGCGUACGCGUGGGCGGGGAAUCAGUCUAGCGGUUCUUACAAAUUUCGGUUCCAAUGCAAUUGUGACCUUUGCAUUCUUUCCACUGAAGGAAGCGCUGGGAGCUGAAAAUGUUUUCCUCUUGUUCGGUGCCAUUGCUCUGGUGUCACUCUUAUUCGUAGUACUUCUCGUCCCGGAGACUAAAGGGCUGAGCUUGGAAGAAAUCGAGUCCAAAAUCCUCAAGUGAAAAGUGGAAGAGCACAAAAUAAUCUAACGUGAGUUCUCGGAUCUACAAAAAUCUCGAACAAGUGUCUGAAUGGCGUAUCUCAUGUGGGUAUUAGAUUGGAAGAGCUCCUUCCAGCAAUCUCACUAUGUUCAGUUUCAUACGGUACUCGUUUUAUCAGUAUUGGUCGAGUGAAAACAGAGCAGACAGUCUCGGCAACUGGUUUCUUCUUCGAGACAUCUGUUUGUAAAAAUUACGGUUCAUGUAAAUUCACGUAAUACUCGAGUAGACUUAAAACUUCCAGAUGUGCGAGUAUAUAUGGCACCUUCCCUGUAAUUCCUAGAGAUAUAGAGACAUGAUAUGUGUUCCGUUCUGUUCUAAGCCAUUUUUUUCCCCGAAAAGUUUGUAUCAAAGAGAUUCCAAGCCAGAAAUGGCGAAACUGAGAAUCCUUCAGCGAGUUCUGCAGCAGCUUGGUCGGGAGACCUUUCUGUCAAGGCGUGAGGAUUUCUCAUUUCGAAUUCAUUAUUAAGACACUGAGACCUUUUUUU